GGAUAUUCCAUAAACAAAACCACGAAUAUUCGGCAAUAAAUAAAAACAAUAUAUGAGCCACGAGCAGGCCUCACCUAUUUUUUCCAGUUUUGAUUCUCCCUCGUUCGCCAUGAAAUUCGGCAAGAGCCUUAGCAACCAGAUCGAAGAAACCUUGCCUGAAUGGCAAGACAAGUUUCUCUCCUACAAGGAGCUCAAGAAGAAGCUCAAGCUCAUGGAGCCUAGAGGCGGCGAGAGUCGCCCAAACAAACGUUCGAGAUCCGACCCGAAUCCUGUCGACGCAGAUCCAACGGAAGGUAUGACGAAAGAGGAGCUCGAUUUCAUUCGCCUUCUCGAGGAUGAGCUUGAGAAAUUCAAUUCUUUCUUCGUCGAGAAAGAGGAAGAAUACAUCAUCAGAUUGAAGGAAUUGAAGGACCAAGUGACAAAGGCAAAGAAUUCAAAUGAAGAGAUGAUUAAUAUAAAGAAAGAGAUUGUAGACUUUCAUGGAGAAAUGGUGCUGUUGAUGAAUUAUAGUGCUCUUAACUAUACAGGAUUAGCAAAGAUUCUCAAAAAGUACGACAAAAGAACCGGUGCUCUUAUCAGACUACCAUUCAUCCAAAAGGUUUUGCAAGAACCUUUCUUCACGACCGACCUGCUCAACACAUUUGUGAAAGAGUGCGAGGCUAUGCUCGACCACCUCUUCCCAUCUAACAAAAGUUGGAAUCUGGAGGAAGGAGGAGAGGCAACAACUUCUGGAACGGUCAAGACAGAAGCGGACGGUUCUGAUGUCCUCAGAGUUCCAAAAGACCUGUCUGAGAUCGAGUACAUGGAGAGCUUGUAUAUGAAGAGCACUGUGUCGGCAUUAAGGGUAUUAAAGGAAAUCCGCAGCGGUAGCUCCACGGUUAGCGUCUUCUCGUUGCCACCAUUACCAGCGAGUGGAUUAGAAGAUGAUUCUUGGAAGACGAAAGUUGGUGUCCUCGAACAAGUAGCCAAAUGAAUUAUGACUUGUUAUAUUAUUAUUUUUGAAUCUUUUUUGUUGGUUUUAAAUAGUUUAUGUACAAGUAAACUUACAAUUGUAAAAGAUGAAACAAAACUUAGAACUGUGAUCGUCUUUCCACAAUCAAAAUUUGGUUCCGUCUACU